CACGCAUCAAUGACAUGUAGUCGAUGUUACGACUUGAAAAACGACUCAUUGUACAAGUCACUCGGUAAUCAGUGAAAUUAUCGGAUCGGCGCGCGUUUGCAAAUUUGUGUGUUUACGAGUAUACGAUUUUUCAGUGUUCCAUAAAGACAAAAAAAUACAUCAUCAGAUAGAUUCAGGAAAACUCGAAUGCAAUCUUACGGGCAUUUUUCUACUCUUCUCAAAAAUUUUCUGGCUCCGAAAAAAUAAGAGUUGUUGCUAGUAAGAUCUGCUGCUCAUCAAAAUUGACAUCGCUGCUUAAACAAACAAUGCUGCUAAAAAUACGUGUGCCAUUUAGUAUCAUAAACGUCGUACAUCGAAUACUAAACUGGAUCUUCUUGUUCAUCUACAAAAAACCGUUACAAAGUAUACCACCUGCAACGAAUCCCUUAUUUACGUCAAGCGCUACUACACUGGCUAGAAAAAUUAGACAAAGAGAGAUAACAAGCUACGUGAUAGUGAACGAAUAUAUAGAGCGAAUUAAGGAAGUGAAUCGUCAUUUAAAUGCCGUUGUUGACAAUCGAUUCGAGGAGGCCAUAAUUGAGGCAAAAAUCUGCGACGAACAAUUAAAAUCUGAAAAAUUUGAUUUCAAAACUUUAGAAAAGGAAAAGCCGCUUUUUGGUGUGCCGCUUACUAUCAAAGAAGCUAUCGCUGUCAAAGGAUGCAGUUAUACUGGUGGCGUUUUAAGUCGCAAAGGAAUAAAAGCGACUCGCAAUGCCGAGAUCAUCGAAUUGAUCCGAAAUGCUGGCGGCAUCCCAGUGUGCGUCACAAACACUCCGGAGUUGAGCGCCGGGAUAGAGACUACGAAUCUGUUGUACGGACACACUCAUAAUGCUUACGAUAGUAGGUUCACGGCCGGCGGAUCAUCUGGCGGCGAGGGUGCAUUACUUGGAGCAGGUGCUUCUUUAAUUGGAAUUGGUUCGGAUCUAGCUGGUUCCAUACGAGUACCAGCUAUGCUCAAUGGAGUUUUUGGACACAAACCUACGUCUAGAAUUAUUUCAACUGAAGGACACCUACCAACGUGUAAAGAUAUAGUUUUUCUUAAACUUUUGACCCUUGGUCCGAUGGCCAGAUACGCGGAAGACCUCGGUCUAUUAAUGAAAGUACUAACGUCAAAAUGUGAACAUAACUUGCGUUUGGAUGUGCCGGUAGACUUAAAGCAAUUAAAGGUCUACUAUCUGCAAGCUUUGGACAAUUCGUUAGGCUUGUUGCCGGUAUCAUCGGAAAUCAAAGAAUGUAUACUGAAGGCCGCGAAUCAUUUCAAAAACUAUGGUAUUCAUACGGAGCAGUUACCAAUAGAGUGGUCAACAACUGUCGUUGAAAUUGCAUUUGGUGGACUUAACAAUAUAAAGAAUUAUUCUUCUCUGUUGAAAGACAUAAACGAUCCCAUGCUUGAGAAGCAUAUGAUUUCUGAAUUUGGAAAAGCUCUGCUCGGUAUGUCGUCGUACACAAAACAAAUGCUUUUAAACAGCAUAAUGCUACAGAAACAUUUUCCAUUUUCGAAGUCAGACAUAUCAUAUUACACAAAAAUGGGGGAAAUACUUCGAGAAAAGCUACUGAAUUUGUUGGGAGAGGACGGGAUAUUUAUUUAUCCAACUUUCCGAAGCUCGGAAAUUUUUUCGAAUCUUAUGUUUUGUGAAAUACUGAGCGCUGCGUAUUGCGCUAUAUUCAAUGUUCUCGGCUUUCCCGCAACGCAAGUGCCAAUGGGACUCAAUCGCAAUGGAUCACCUAUUGGUAUUCAGGUGAUAGCAGCGCCUUAUCAAGAUCGCCUUUGCUUGGCGGUUGCGCAAGAAUUGGGGAGUGCUUUCGGCGGCUGGGUACCGCCGUCGGCAACAGCACGCGAUUAACAAACUGCUAAUCGCUCUUAAUUUAUUUUAUAAAUAACAUUUAUUUCACUACCGCUAGAAAAAGUGAAGAGUGAAAUCUGCAUAAGUGAGUUAACACAAGUCUAAAACCUUGUGACGAGUUGUUUCCGCAUGACGAGUAAUUUCUUGCAUGCACAUGUACUUUUAUAUUUGUGUUUUGUGUUUUUGAAAAAUUUCGUUCUUAGGUGUAGGAGAAAAUUUGUUUAUGUUUUAGCAAUUAUUUUACAGUGAAUGGACAUAGGUUUGUGUGAGUUUAGAAAAUAAUUAUUAAAUAAAAUAAUCUAUAAUUAUUUUCUAGAUUAUAAAUAUUUGUUUCUAGAUAAAUAUUUCAAGACUUUCAUAAAUAAUAGUUGCCUCGCCGUUUUGUUUUCUGCAUAAUCAACAAACGCAAAUUUAUUUCACGUUUAUUCGAAGCUUGGCGAUGCGAAACUCAAUGAAAAUAAAAUCAUUGUGAUGACAUUUCAUAAAUAUAAUAUGAUGCAUGCAUUACUUUAAA